GACCUCGCUGCAGAGCACGCGUCCAGACUGCGGCUGUUCACUCGUGGAACAUUCACCCAGAGCCAGAGAGGGAGAAAGGCUAUCAGCUGCUGUAGUGCUGCUAGCGAUGGCAGAAGCGUGGGUCUUCCCCACGUUUAUGCUGUGUGUCUGUGGAUUUUUCACAAACAUGAGACCUUCAGAGCCCUUCAUCACAGCAUACCUCGUGGGACCUGAUAAAAACCUGACACAGAAAGAGGUGUUUAAUGAAAUCUUCCCAGUAUGGACAUACUCAUACCUUGUGCUGCUGCUUCCAGUUUUCCUGGCUACAGACUUCCUUCGGUACAAACCUGUCAUCAUCCUGCAGGGGGCGAGUCUCGUCGUUACCUACCUGAUGCUGUUGUAUGCUCAGGGGCUAAUGGCAACACAGUUUAUGGAGUUCUUUUAUGGGGUCUCCACAGCCACAGAGAUUGCUUACUACUCCUACAUCUACAGUGUGGUGGAUUCUGCACAGUACCAGAGGGGGACUAGUUACUGUCGUAGCAUCACGCUGGUAGGGUACACCGUAGGCUCGGUCACAGGACAGGUCCUGGUGUCGCUGGCACACACACCCUUGUUCUACCUGAACGCCAUCACUUUGGCAUCUGUGACUUUGGCCUUUGUCACCUCAUGGUUUCUGCCAAUGCCAAAGAAGAGCCUGUUUUUCCAUCAAGCACAUGGAUGUGUGGACAAAAAAGAGCUGACAGUUGAGGCUGCAAAAUUGCCUCCCAGAGUACUAUCUACAGCUGCAUUGGAAGAUCCAGAGUCUAAGGUUCCACUGAAUGCUGAGGAUAGCCCUCCUGAUGCUCAGUGUGUGAACGAGGGGCAGGCUGGCGGCGGCGGUGGUGGUUUAUUGGGAGUGCUCAGGAUGCUGUGGCUGGACUUGCUGCAGUGCUACUCGUUCUGGCCUCUGCUCUGCUGGUCGGUAUGGUGGGCUCUGGCCACCUGCGGAUACUUCCAGGUGAUCAACUAUGCCCAGGCACUGUGGGAGGAGGUCCUGCCGUCCCAGGCCUCAGACAUCUACAACGGCUGUGUGGAGGCCAUCUCAACUUUACUAGGUGCUGUGGCAGCUUUUGGUGUGGGCUAUGUGAAGAUAUCCUGGGAAGACUGGGGGGAGCUGGUGCUCUGCAGUUUCUCAGUUGUCAUUGCUGUAGCUGUGUACAUUAUGGAUACUGUCAGAAAUAUUUGGAUGUGCUAUGUGUCAUAUAUUGUUUUUAGAAGUACAUACAUGUUGCUAAUAACUAUUGCAACGUAUCAGAUAGGGGCUAACCUGAGCAUGGAGAGGUACGCCCUGGUGUUUGGUGUAAACACUUUUGCUGCUGUCGCCUUACAGACUUUACUCACUGUCAUUGUGGUCGACUCGAGUGGAUUUGGACUGGAUAUUUUCACUCAGUUUCUUAUUUAUGCCAGCUACUUUGCCAUGAUUGCAGCUGUUUUCCUUGCAGCUGGACUUUGCAAAUUAGUGGUAAGGUGGAGAAGGAGGCAUACGCCUGAGACUGUCGGGGGAAUAACUGAAUAACUUUUCAGGGGACCAGGUGUCUCUGAAUGACUGCAACUACCAUCAAUAACACAUCUUGAAGCCUUCACAAUGCUGGACUACUACUUUGAUGUAUAUUUCGACACUUGCUAAGAUAAUGUUACAGUGUGAUUGUUCUUUUGUGUAUCUAAGUGAGGGGAGUAGUUGGUCUUUUUACAAAGUACUUUUCUGGGACAUCCAUAUUUUUGCACUCAGUUACAAUCAUUUCAGAUGUCUAAACCAAUCCAAAAUACAGGAGAUACAACCUUGCAAGUUUGAUUGCUAUCUUUCCCAUUGUAUCAAUGCAAUAGAGACCCCUGUCACUGGAGGGGCAAAAUGUUAAAACCAGCAGUGGUGCUAACUUGUUUUACGUUGCCUAUUUAUUUGUUUUGACUGUAAUGUAAUGUCAGGCAAUAAACCACCAUGCAUUUUGGUACGGUAGCUUUCUAUGUGGAUGGAAAAUGUUUGCAAUACAUGUAUAAUCUAAAGCUGUUCCAGAGAUGACACUACCAAAAAGAAUGUACUUACAUACAGAAAUGAAGAACUGUAUGUGAUCAUGUGUAAAGAGGUAGCAUUGUCAUCAGAUAAUCAUUUUACAGUCCUACAUUUUAGUUACAGGUUUGCAUAUGUGCCUUUUAGAUUCUUAGGUCUUGCACUCCUCUGCCACCAGCAGCGGGCUAUUUGUGGUAUAGCUUUUGUUUGAUCAAUUAAUUCAUGUACUGUAUAUCGAGCUUCAAGUGUAAAUGCAGACAGUACUUCUAUUCUGAGUAGUUACAAGAAUUUAAAUGCGUGACAAUUUUUACUUGUUGUACUGUAGUUACUGAUUUACAGAAUGACAUGUACUCUGCAAGCUUGAUUAUAAAUGUUCUUUCUCUUUGUAUUCACUUGAAUGUUGUUGUUCCUUGCUCAUUCUAAGGGAGGUAGCAUUCAAAAAGAAAGUUAUUGUUCUGAAGAGGUACAGUACUGAUUCAUUCAUCCAGCAGGUGGUGAUUUGCAGUGAAAUACAAUAAUUAAUUGAACACAGAAGUACAGGUUUUGCAUUUUAACAAGAAGGUUUAGCAAAAAAGCAGAAAGGGUUAACUGUAUGUUGAAUAUCUAAAAUCACUCUGUUUUACAUACUGUUUGAUAUAAGCAGAGAAUGUCCAAAGUGGUGUUUAUCUGUUUUUUUUUUUUUAAUUGUGUAAUUUUAAAAAUAAAAUGUAAACUACA